AUGUCAAGACAACGCAAGCUCUCCAAUAACAUUUGUGGCGAAUAUUUGAUAUUGAGGCUCGACGGGAGCGUGGGGCAUCACGUGAGAUUCCUCGUCGUGAUUCCCAGCACAGAAUAUCCACUUGUUACUUUGGCUGCAGGGUGGAUAUCGAAGACAAAGCCUUGCCUCCAUGAAAUCGGGCAUCUACCUGUUUUGCUGGCCGACUGGCUGAACGCAGCCUCUCAACAUUACCAGCGUAGCGCGCCUGCUGCGAUGAUCUGGUACUUUCUAUACCCGUUCAGAGGGACGACUGAACCUCCGAGUCUUAGCCCCGCACAUCCCCUUCGGCGCAGCUUCACACGAUGUGGACGAGAAGCUUCUCGACAUCCAGUCAUUACGAUAUUGAUAUCAGUAGCAUUAGCGACAUGUUUAAUAUACCCAUUUCCAUUUCUUUACACGAACAACUUCACAAAUGGCGCCUCGAAUUUACCCCACCACGUUUGGACCGCUGCACAGCCAGUACAGGAAAAUAUAGGCGCCGAACCAGAUGUUGUCAUGAGAUCUAUAUGGGUCCACGGCAGCUAUAUGAAAGCCCUGGGUCGGGAUGUGCUACUAGCCGGGCUGGAGAUCCAGGAUGCAUUGUUGGGGCAAACGAUCAACUUCGACCCUAAGCUAUCCGCGGGACUUGGAAAAUCUGCGGGCCACGAUGGGCCCCUCAGCUUAGAAAUGCGAGACUCCUUUCAUGCUAUCAAUGGCCUCAGUGAGCAGUCGUGGUUCUUCCAUUCCCCGCUUCUAUACUGGUCCUGCUCUCCAGAUGCCAUCGCUGAGGAUGAUGACAUUGUUUCUACCGUUAAUGAAAGUUCACGGCGCUCUACAUCAGUCAAUGUGACUCUCAGACACUCGAUUGUGUUUAGCGGCAAACGCUUCGAAGACCACCGCCUGGUAGCUGCCGAUGCUCUGGUCAUAACCUUGGUCCACAAGCUGGACUCUCCUGUUGGCCGGCAAUGGGAGAGGCAGGCCCAAGCAUUAGCACAGUCAUCGAGAAGCCCAUGGCGCAUGUAUCCACGCGAUGGACGCGUAAACAAUAGCCAGGUCUACGAGUUCAAGUUCCAGCCACUCUCGCUUCAAGAUGAUAUAUUCCUUGCAAUUGCGUAUAGCAUUACAGUAAUCUACUUCUUGCUGAGCUUGACGAAGCUGCGAGCGCUCAAGUCUCGUUUUGGUUUGAUGUUAACUGUUGUCGCGCAAACGGUGAUAUCUAUCAUGGGAAGCUUCACAAUUUGUGCCAUCCUAAAGAUUGAUCUCUCGAGAAUCCCUCGGGAGGUGUAUCCCUUCGUUGUCGUGGCAGUUGGGCUAGAGAACAUGUUCCGCCUCGUAAACGCCGUCAUUAUAACUCCAUCCCAGAGCAAGACAUCAUCAAGAAUCGGUGAGGCCCUCGGUCAGGCAGGCCCUAUUGCGUUGGCUGGUGUCGGCCAGGAUCUGCUGAUCCUUUACCUCCUAUCUAAAGUCGUCGCGCCUGGUGUUGCUGCCUUCUGUAUCUUUGCAGCAGUUGCCUUAAUUUUCGAUUUUGUCCUGCUGCUUACCUUCUUCGUGGCCGUCCUGAGUGUCGAUGUCCGAAGAACGGAGUUGAGUGACUCCUUGGAAACCGUGAAAUCCCAACGCAAAAAACUCGGUGCUGUAAAACCGAAGAGGCAAAAUGCGUGGGUGAGCGCCGUUCUCAGUGGCAAAACUCCAAUCUCUACACGCAUCGCCGGCACCAUUGUAAUGGUCUGCUUCAUCUUGGUUUUACAAGGGCACUUCUUCAACAAUGAGUCCCCGCUUCGGACGCUAUCACGAGCGUUGCAAUUCGUUCGCCCAGAUCAUCAGUUGUCAUCACCUCCUCCAGUUUCGCAGCUAUCUGUAGACAUCAACCAAGCGAGGUCCCCAACAGCCUGGCUCCGAAUGCAGGACCACGAGACUGCCCGAGAAGUCAUCCACGUUAUCAAGCCAGAUACGCAUAGCUACAUUGCCCGCGUCUACGACCCCUUGGUAUUUGUGCUUGACUCGUCGGACCGAACACCAACCAAGGCAGGCGUCCGAAGGUUCCUGCCCGCCGCUUAUGACUUUGCCCGGAAUCAGUCAACUAUAUUUGUUGUGAGCGUUCUGAUUGUUGUUGCUGCCAUUUCAUUGCUCAUGAAUUAUCUCCUCUGGAACGAGGAGGACACGAGUCAAGACGACGACGGCACAAUUCAUAAGGAGGACCCAUUAAUGACAGUUACAACACUGACACCAGGACAUGAUCUUGAUGUUGUCAUGCUUUCGGCGUCGCCAGACGGUGUGGUUGUUUCUGUUGGCCUGGAUCGCCGCAUUAGGGUCUGGGAUCUGCAACAAAAUGAUCGGAGUCACUAUAUAUCGCCUACCACCAACGAACUCUACCCAUUUCCGAUCCUUGCUAUGGCAAUUGACGAACAGGCAGAAUGGGUCGCGCUCCUUUCUGUGACUGGCAGAUUGAUGCUGUGGAAUAUCAAUGAGAAACAAUGGGGUCCCUCUCGUAUUAUAGGAACCGAGGCUCGAGCGCCUCCAUUGUUCUCGUUCAAAUCCGCCAAACCUGGAUCGAUUGCUUCUUUGCUGAUUGUCUGGACAAGCGGGCUCUUGAUCGAGGUUAACUUUCAUCUUGAAUCUGCGAAUCAGAUAGUUGAAUUACAGCCAUGGGAGGGUCUGAUUUCCUCCGCCAAACAGUUUGUGGCAAAGCCUACCACCACAGAUACAAAGCCCUCUCUCCACAUCGUCGUACUCACCACAAAAGGCACCAUCCAUCUCGCCUCCCAGCUCGACAACAAAUGGGACUCCACCACCAUCCCACUAUUCCCCCCCUCCGCCCCCCAAAAAGUCAAAGCCAUCCUCCCCCUCCCCAAAAUUGGCCUCCUCCUAGCCAUCACCGACACCACCGCAAUCCUAAUUCACAUCUCCUCCCAAGCCACCCUCCACACCUUCACCGACCUCGAUGCAAGACCCUCAUCCCUCCAAUGCUUCCACACCGUCAAACGCCACGCCUCCUGCGGCCACAACGGCCUCGCAUCUUUCUCCCUGGCCUAUAACAGUCGCUUGACUGGCAACCCGGUCCUCCACACCUACUCCCCUUCCCAAGACGGCGAUCUCAUCUGCGUCACGCCCUCUCAGCCGCCCAGCAAUCCACCUUUCAACACCUGGACUUCCGCUAUCCUCACCAUCCAUAAAGUCCCUCACGACGGGGCCUGGCAAGCUCUCCCGUGCGGCGCAAUCGUGGGCAUAACCAAACACCGCGCAUCCCGCCGUUCAUCGCCCUCUGACUCCUCCUCCCGCAGCAGCAGCGCAUCCGGCCUCCGUCAUCGUCGCGCUGGCACGCCUCGCGGCCAGAGAGUCGAGGAGACGGAUGGCUGGGAGGCGUGGACGCUGUCGGCGAGGGGGGAGAGGCAUAGUGUUGAUUGUGCCGGAGAGGGGGGGCGAGGGGAGCAGCUGUUUGUGAUGGGAUGUGAGACAGUGGUGGGGGUGGGGAGGAGGAGCGUGGCGGUGGGGUUUGGGAAUAUGGUUAAGGUUGUUAUGGUGGGGAAUGAGAGGUUUGAGGGGGAGGAGGGGGCGAGGGUGGUGAAGUUGGGGAGGAGGAGGAAGGGAGGGGGGAGGGGGUUGGGAGGUUAG